GUAAAGUAAAUGUCAAAACGUCGAAUGAAAGCAAUAAUGAAAUCGAAGAACGCGGAGCGACUGUGUGAUAGAGUGUUUCGAUAAUUUACGUAUUAGCUUUGCAUAAUUAUUUAUCCUUGGUGUGUUUUAUACUUAUCAGUGAUAUCGGCGGUGGUUUCAUUUUAUUGAUAGAUGUAGAUUUGUGGCUGCAGUUGCGGUUAAUUGAUUGGGAAGUCGAGAAAGUCAGUCGGUGGCUAUUGGUCUGAAUUGGGAGCGACGGAGUAGAGGAUAAUGUUGCGGAACUAUGGAGGAUUCUUUGAUACAGAAGAGGACGGCGGGGGCGACAACUUUGCAAAUGCCAGACUACAAAAGAAUUCAAUGAGUAGCGAUGGCAAUUGCACCACUCCAGAUGACUUUCUGCCUAAGAAGACAUCAUUCAAAGUUAGGUAUAUCGGGUGUAUCGAAAUCAAGACGUCCGUGAAGACAUUGGACUUCAAAACUAGAGCACAGCUUGCAAGGGAGUGCAUAAACCUAGUUUGUGAAGCGGCUGGCUUGAAAUCUCAAAGAAAGCGGCGACCUGACAAAAAACUAACGCAAUACAUAUCAGAACGACCAUGUAUGCAAAAUUCAGGGGCCAAUGUGAAAAUCAAUGUCACAAAAAACGCAAUAAGUUUAAGGAGUAUUGAAACAGGUGAUAUGAUCGUCAAUCACGACUUACCGAGAAUAAGCUUUGCUUCGGGUGGUGAUCAGGAUACCCUCGAUUUCCUGGCUUAUAUCGCGAAAAACUUAGACGGCUGGAGAGCGUGUUACGUUCUUGAAUGUGGCGGGGAUCAGUCUCAAGAGUUGCUUUCUACAAUCGGGACAGCUUUCACAACCCGCUUCAAAGCAUUAAAUUUAAACAAUUACAACAUCAAAGAAGAAUAUGAUAAGGAUUAUUACAACGAUUUGCCAGAUAAGCUACCACCAGAUCUCCUUUUUGAUAAUGACCUACCCCAACAGGUGACACAAUUACAUUUGAAGAAGCCAAGACAUAGACUAAGCAGUAAUUUGAUCGAUUUGAAUAGCCCACCGCCCGAUCAUAUACCAAAAGUGGAUUUAUCAUUGGAUGCCAACAGUAACAAUAACUCUGCUGUAGUUGUAAGGGAUGUCUUUGAUAUACAACCAUUCUCACUUUCCGCUGAGGUACAACGUUCGCAACUAAUGACAGAAUCAUGGUUCCACCCAUCUAUAAGCCGGCCUGUAGCAGAGGGUCUUCUCAAAAACGAUGGCGAUUUCCUAGUGAGAGAGUCUCAAGGCAAACCGGGUCAAUAUGUUUUAACAGGACUCGAGAACACUACACCGAAGCAUUUGCUGCUCAUAGAUCCUGAAGGCAUUGUGAGAACAAAAGACCGUAUUUUCGACAGCAUAAGCCACUUGAUAAAUUAUCACUGGACAAAUUCCUUACCUAUAAUAUCGGAAGAGACUGAACUCGUUUUAAGAACUCCAGUCCUUAGAAGUGCGCAAAAAUCUUCCAUUCUACAUGUGCCAUAGAAGUAUUUAAUCAUUCUCCUCUUCCUAAGAUACGAUUUGGCCACAACUUUUAAGUCUACACUGCAUGAUUAUACACUAUCUAUUUUACGUGCUGUGCUAUUAAGCCUUCAAUAUUUUACCUAUAAACGUAAUAUAAUUUUAAAUGGAAAUUAUUUUUGAAGAAUUCUCUUGAAGUAAAGAUGAAAACUAGACCCUGGUUUGAGAAUGUACUUUUUAACGAAUUUUUACUAUUGUAUGAGAAAAGAUGAUGUAUUUUCGUAGUAAACCCAUGAAUCGACUGAAAGAAUAUUUUUUAUAAUGCAAGUUCAUCCUUCAUCGAGGAGCUUUACACUAUUCUGGGAAUAAUGUCGAUCUGAUUCAUAUUUCUUGAUUGUCGUUUGUAUACAUUUAGUGUACGUUUCUUAGUCAUCAAGUUAAUGAGAAACUAUGUGUUGCAUUGUAAAAGAAUACAUUUUCACUUCAUUGGAUGUACAUUUUGGUUGUAUAUAUUUUUAUUAGCAAAUAUAUAUAUGUAUGCAAUUCUAA